GAUCUCUUCAAAACCACCUGUCGAUAUAACAAGGAAGUAGACAAGUUGGACAGUAGACACCUAUAGAUAGGUUCAGUUUCAACAACCGGACGAAGAAGCCAUUUCCCCUGUGGCGAUUUCUCACGGUAGAUCUUCAACAUAAGUGGAAAAAAUUGGAAAGCAACGUGGCGGCUGUAAAUAUAAGCAGCACUUUUAAAUGUGCUAUGUGUAUGUAGAGUCUUAGAGGAAGAAAAUCAUCUAAAACUUGGAUGACGUUCGUUUAAAAGAAGCGCAAACUUGAGCAAUAAGGUGAACUUAUACCCUGUGGUGGAUUAAUACAAGGAUGAAUUCUUCUGCGGAAGAGAUUGUCAACAGCACGCUGUUGAUGGAUUCCGUUAACAAAGCGGAUGAUUCGGUCCUUCCGUCUUCAUCGUCCUCGCUGUUAUCAAACAUGACCCACCUGUCCAACAUGACCGUAGUCAGGUCAAGGAAUGGGAAUCUGACAGGGGAUCAGAUUUUCUUGAACACCACAACUGCUCAAGCACUGUCUGGGAUUUUUGUUUGGUCUGCAUUGCUCAUUACUUGUCAUCAGAUCUACUCCCAUCUGAGGUCGUACACUGUUCCUAAUGAACAACGUUACAUCAUACGCAUCCUCUUCAUCGUGCCCAUCUACGCUUUCGACUCCUGGCUGAGCCUCCUCUUCAUCAGCAACGACCAGUACUAUGUUUAUUUUGACUCUGUUCGAGACUGCUAUGAAGCGUUUGUGAUAUAUAAUUUCCUGAGCCUGUCUUUCGAGUACCUGGGGGGAGAGAGCGCGAUCAUGGCCGAGAUACGAGGCAAACCCAUCCAGUCAAGCUGCCUGUACGGCACCUGCUGCUUGGUUGGAAUGAGCUAUUCCAUCGGCUUCCUGCGUUUUUGCAAACAGGCGACGCUCCAGUUCUGCGUGGUCAAACCCAUCAUGGCAUGCAUCACCAUCCUGCUCCAGGCCUUCGGCAAAUACCAUGACGGGGAUUUUAGUGUGACUGGGGGCUACCUCUACAUCACCAUUAUCUAUAACAUCUCUGUGAGCCUGGCUCUCUACGCCCUCUUCCUCUUCUUCUUCGCCACCAGUGACCUGCUCAGGCCAUACGAACCAGUGCUCAAAUUCCUCACCAUCAAAUCCGUCAUCUUCCUCUCCUUCUGGCAAGGCAUGGUCCUGGCCAUCCUGGAGCGCUGUGGGGUCAUUCCGGAAGCGUUGGUCAUCGACGGGCACGAGGUGGGCGCGGGCACGGUGGCAGCAGGCUGGCAGAACUUCAUCAUUUGCAUCGAGAUGUUUUUCGCCGCCAUCGCGCUCCGCUACGCUUUCACCUACAACGUUUACCAGGAGAAAAAAAACGACGCCCCAGAGAACGUCGCGCCCAUGCACAGCAUCUCUAGCGGUCUGAAGGAGACUAUAAACCCCGGGGACAUGGUCCAAGACGCCAUCCACAACUUCUCUCCAGCGUAUCAACAGUAUACCCAGCAGUCCACUCAGGAGGUGGUUCAGCCCAGCCAGAACGGCAAACCGGGCCCCACUGGCACCAAAACCAGCAAGAAGGCCGACAAAGUCAUGCUAAUCGCUUCAGAUGACGAAUUCUAACCCGGGGCCCAAACAGAGAGGAUCUCCGCCAGAAGGAAGGAGCUUGCUGAGGGUGGAGUGGACGCUUUUCUUCGGUUUCCUUGCAUGUUUCAAAGCAAGCGCCACUAAACUUGUAACAUCAGGAAGAGAUCCAGACAAGCAUACACUGGCUGGAACUGACACUUUGGAGCCCAGCUCUUUGAAGUAUUUGCUCAGUAACUCUACAGUUGGGCUUCCUGAUGAAAAAAGACAAUCUCACAGAGAUACCCUGGCUUUGGAGCAGACACUUCAAACCAUUUGACUGGACCUCUUUGAAACCCUUUGCAUCCAGCAUACCAGGGACAAAUACUCUUUUCCUGCUGCCUUAGGAUGUGCUGUACAGCUCAUUAAUUUUCUGACUGUGCAUUGAAGUAAAUUCAAAUUCUAAGGCAAAACAGCAAGCAUCAGUAAUAGCAGUUAAUUUUUUUUUUUUUUUUAAGAAAAAGUUGAUAACCGAAGAAAAGUUGAUAAUGACUCUGUAACUUAUUUUGUUCAUUCUUUACACUGUAUCUUUCCACAGGCUAAAACACAAAAUAAGCUAAGAGGUUCAGAAAUAUUAAUUUCUGCUUAUUGCACCUGUAUUUUUUUAAUGGCCUGUCUCAAGUUAAAAUUUAAUUUAUGUAAGAAGAAAGACAAACUUAAAUUAUUAAGAUGCAGGGCUUUUUCCACUUAAGAUCUUCAAGAUGACAGUCUAUCAAUGUUUGCAUGUUAAGUAUAUACCAGUACAGAUGGAUCCUUUUAAAAAUGACUUGCUAUGUUCUAGACACAAUGAAUAGCGGUUUUCAUUAGUGUGAUGAAAAUUUAAAAACUCUUCUAUAACAUAUAAUGUACAGUGAUUACUAUGGUUAACACCUAUUCAGUUAGCAAUUAGAAAAUUGCAAAUACUUGAUAUGCAAACAGUGAAAUAAUGUUCUUUUGACAUUUUUGUCAUUCUGUAGGCCAUUCUUUUUUUUUUCGUACCCUUUUUUGUUUACUUGUUUUGUUCAUUCUGUACUGUUUGUUAAUAUACCCCUGCUCACGUUCCCUGUCUUAUUACCAGGUAAUGCACUUGACAAUAUGCCAGGAGUAGCAAACUUUCCUGCAGCAGACUGGCAACCUGUCCAGGGUGUUUCCCUGCCUUUCACCCAGUCAAUGCUGGGAUAGGCUCUAGCACCCCCUUCGACCCUAAAUAGCAUUAGCAGCUUAGAUAGUGAGUGAGUGAGUGAGUGAGUGAGUGGCAAACUUUGUAUAUUAAGGUGUUUCUGUGUAUUUUGAAGUAUAUGGACUGUUCUCAAGAGCACACAGAGUGAGGAACAGGGCUCGGACAUGCAAAUGAAAUUUCACGAUGUUUUGUUUUCAGUUUUGUGCCAAUGAUCAGGGGCCUUACAGAUAUUGGUGGAGGAGAGAUGAGAGCGCGCAGUGAUUACCUAAGUGUUGUCCAAUCUGCUCUGCAGAAUGUUUCAUCUGAUUUGUCAAGAUGAGUCAAGUGAUCUCUG